GUCCGAUUCUCAGUUCUCGCUGGCCAAAAACUCGCCAAUACAAGACGUCCGUUUCUCCUUUUCUCCUUUUCUCCGUUUCUCCGCGUUGGUCUCCCCACAGCUUCCCCCGAUUCUCCACAACGUCUUGCGUUUCCCCGACUUUUCGGGUUCGCGGGGGCCGGCAUGACGGUUAAUGGCUUCACGGCAUAGAGUGGAUGUUCAUGCAAGGUCAUCUGAUUUGCCUGUCUAGGGCAUUGGACUAAAGAGCACUUUGAUCUGGCCGAUUAUUUCCGGCAUAUUACGUCGGUUGUUACGAUGGGCAUAAGUAGCAGCCUAUAGUCACACCACCGGGCUAGUUUUGAAAAUUUUUGAUUUCGACCGCACGAUUGGGACUCAUUUUCUCUGACCUCGUUCAUUAUACCCUAUACUCCGGCAAUAUGGGCACCACGACUAAGGAACGCGCUGAGGAUGCUGGAGACAUCCAGACGUCUGCGGCCACCCCUUCCGGCCCAGCAUGGUAUCGCCAGAAACAUCUCCUUCACCUCAACUUCAUCAUCUUCUCGCUCAUAAUGUUCUCAUCUGCAAACGGAUUCGACGGUACCCUCAUGAACGGUCUUCAAGCCUUGGACCAAUGGAAUGAAUUCAUGGAUAAUCCUACUGGUCCAUGGCUGGGAUGGUUGAAUGGCAUAUACUGGUUAGGAUCAGGGAUUGGGUACCCUACCGCUGCCUGGAUUGCCAACCGAUGGGGACGGAAACCUAGCAUCUAUGUGGGCUAUGUCUUCCUGGUCCUUGGAAGCGUUCUGCAGGCGGCAGCAAACAACGAUAUCGCCUUCCUCAUGGCUAGACUGUUCAUUGGUGUUUCCUCGGCUAUGUUCGGAAACGCAGCCCCUCUCCUCGUCAACGAAAUUGCCCAUCCGUAUCAUCGAAGCAUCGUCAACUCUCUGUACAUGUCAGGCUGGUAUGUCGGUGGUACGGUUGCCGGCUGGAUUAUCUUCGCCUCUCGCACCUACGGUUCAUCGUGGGCCUGGCGGUUGCCGUCCCUUUUGCAGAUUCUUGUGCCCCUGGUCGCCCUUCCUGGAUUCCUCAUUGCCCCCGAGAGCCCUCGGUGGUUGAUUUCAAUUGGACGUGAAGAGGAGGCGAGGGACCUCUUGAUUAAGCACCACGCUGCCGGCGAUCGUUCGUCAGCGUUGGUCGCAGAGGAGUUCAGGGAAAUUGCCACGGCAAUUCACAACGAGCAAGAGGCCAAUAGCACCUCCAGCUACGCGGAAAUGCUCAAGUCCCCUGGCAACCGUCGUCGGUUGUUUAUUUCCGUCACUCUGGGUAUCUUCUCCCAAUGGGCCGGUAACGGCGUCGUUUCUUACUAUCUCGCCCUGAUCCUGGAUAGCGUCGGUGUCGGCAGCUCGCGGGACCAGACCCUCAUCUCCGCGUGCAUGCAGAUGUGGAACCUCAUCUUUGCCACGAUGGGUGCUUUCUUAACCGAUAAACUUGGUCGUCGUCCUUUGUUCAUGGCGUCUGCGGCAACCAUGUUCAUCAGUUUCGUGCUGGUCACAGCCCUGUCGGGAUCCUUCGCCGAGACUGGUAAUACGGCUACUGGUGCUGCUGUCAUCCCGUUUCUCUUUACUUUCUUUGCUGGAUACUGCAUUGCUCUAACACCCUUCCUCACCGGAUACCCCUGCGAAAUCUGGCCCUUCCGUCUACGAGCCCGCGGUCUCACCGUGACAUGGGUGGCUGCCAUUUGCGCCAUCUUCUUCAACACCUUCGUCAACCCCAUCGCGUUGGAGGAAAUCGCCUGGAAAUACUACAUCGUUUUCAUUGUGGUGCUGAUGGUCUUUGGCGUCACGGCCUAUUUCUUCUACCCCGAGACAAACGGAUAUAGCUUGGAACAGAUGGCGGUCAUCUUUGAUGGGCCUGGUGCCGGGGGCGACAAGACAUUCGAGAUGGAUGCGGGCGAGAAGAGGCAGGCAUCAUCGAGUGUACAUCAGGAGGUGGUUUAGGUUGAUCAGCUUGGGAGGGAAGUGGUUGGGAUGUGUAAAU